GAAAGUGAGCGGGUGCGUACCAACGAACGAACUCCAGCCACCAGAUGGCGCCGCGGUUGCCAGUCCCGCAGAAGGAAACGCCCAUGAAGAGGCGCUCUAGGCGGCGGCAAAAACGAAAGAGGCUUUUUCAUGGUGCUUGGAGAAGAAGCCGGAGCGGAAGUCGGAUGCCGGGCAGCGGUAACUUGUUGCAUCAGAGACCACACCCUGAUUCCCAGCAGCCCAUGAAUGACCCUGUUGCUCUGAGGGAGGCAGAUCCCUGCAGCUGCUGGACUGUGGGAGGCGAUGCUUCUAGCAGCAGUUCUGGCCCCGCGAUGCCUCUAUGUGCAGAGAUGUCUCCUGGAGUGACAGAGCUGGAACUGAUCUCCAAACAACCUAGCCUGAGGAAAAGAAAGGAUUCUCUUUCUGGGACUGGCUGUUUGGAGAGUAGCCCAAGCAAUCCUGCCGAGGAGGGCAAGGUCAAUAGGGCCAACUGUGAAGGUGGGGGACGUGAUCAGUCUCCUGCCCAAAUAAAUGAGGAUGACGAAACAGUCUGCCGGCAACCAGAAACUGCUGAUGGUCUUCUUUUGGAAGCGCCCUUAAGACCUAAGAAACGGAAGCUGGUUCUGCACAUUGAUUUGAACAACACGAUCCUGGUGUCUGAUGCAGUGACCAAUCAGGACCCCAGUGCAGCUCUGAAUUAUUACUUGAGCACUGUGACCUGGGGAAAGGUCAACCCUGCAGGUAAGUGGCAGUGGCUGAGCAAGUCCCCCUCACUGCUCCCUCCUUGCCCAGACGCCGUGAACUUUUACUCUCAGUUCGGCCGUGACACUACCUUCACCACCAAGCCUCUGGGCCAGCCAUUCCGAGACCUCCAUGCCCACCACCUGAGACUGCUGGAGUGGCCCGGCCAGCCUCACCCAACAUUCUCCAUCCCCGGUGAGCAGCCAGCCAAGCGCUACCACUUGGUGCUGCCUUCCUUCUUCCACCUCCUGCAGAGUCUGCACCGGGAAGGGAGGCACUUCACCGUCGUCUUCCGCACUUUUGGCACGGACCUGCCUCGUGUCCUGCAGGCGAUGCACUGUGCCCUGGAGGGGCAGCACCCCCACUUCCCUGUGCUGCGGGACAUCCCGCUGCCUGUAGACCUCAGCCCAGGAAAAAUCCGUUGCAGCAAACGAAAGGUGACGUUGACCCAGGGAGCAGAGCGGCUCUCCACCGAAGCUGGUGACAGGGAAAUGUACAUGUUCUUCAGCUCCAAGGAAGGCCUCUGUGGCUUCCAGGAUCACUUUGACUGGUGGGCCAGCAAUCAGUACUCCAGUCAAGGUGGGAAACCCCUCUGGAUCAAUCCUCAUGACGCAAAUGUGCAUCACAUCUGUAUAGAUGACAACAUUCGGCUAAAUGAUUCUGACACCAUCGUACAUCCUCGGAUGUUCUCCAGGCUGGGAGAGGCCAGAGCCCAGAUGAUCCCUACCUCAGAGCUGUAUGACAUUUGUCUGGUCCAGACAGACCUCCUGGAGGCCAUUGCAGACAUGAACUACUUCUGCCGCUGCGUAAGAAGGUGUGAGGAGAACUACGAGCGCUUCUUGGCCAGAGCUGGGGGUCACGUGUAGUGGCGGGGCUGGUGGUGGGGGCUCUCUCUGGAGGAGUUUUGGAGCCCUCUGUACUCGGUGCCGCAUGAUGCGGAGCUUGCAAGAGAAGAAGGACGUCUGCUGUUUCUUGCUACAAGGCAUUCAUGUUCCCAGCUGGACUGCUGUCUGCAUAUAUCCCAGUGGAGUUGCUGCCCUCGUCGUAACCUCCCUGCUUGUACUCAGCAUAGGAAAUUCUGGAGGCUCCUUUGGAACUGCUACUAAUCCCAGAAAGGACUCUCCUCCUUCGGCACUGUCUAAAAGGAGCAGCCAGAAGUGGCUGUUUCGGGGCUUUUCCCUCUUAUUUCAGACUUAUUCAGAACCAGGGUGGUGCACAGAGACUUCCUUAGCUCCAAGAGCUUACUGCCAGUCCUCCUGUAUCUUACCUUGCUAUGGUGCAGGGAAUCUGCAGGUCUGUUACAUGCUUUCCCCAAAAAACAUUAAAGUCGGCCCUCACUGCU